AUGUCAGAUAUCGAAGAUAGCAAUAGUUCAGGUAAAAGAGUAUUAGGAUUGCCAGAUGUAGAUCCAACACAACCAGAUACUUUUGAAACACCAGACCCACCAGAACCAAUUUCAAAUUCUUCAGAUGAACCAACCGAAUUGGUCAAUGAAAAUAUUGAUAGAACAUCAUUAAAACCAGCUAAAGCACAUUUAAAAUUUGCAAAUAGAAAAUUUAAUAAUAACAAUGAGGAUUUUUCAGAUUCAAUUUAUAAAAAAAAUAAAGUUAGAACUGGUGGAUUAUUAAAGAAUCAAACCGUUUUCGAUAUAUUACCAAACGAAGAAACUAAAAUAGAAACCCCACUCCAAAAAUUCCAAAGACUCCAAUUUGAAAUAAUGACAUUCCGUGAAGAAAUGCAAGAUAUAGCAAAUAGAGAUGGUGAAGUUGAAAAAGAUAUUAAAGGCGUUGAUUUAGCACAACAAUUAGCAGAAUUACAAAAUCAAUUAACUCAUCUUUUAGAUAACGAUAAACUUAAACCAAUCUUGGAAGAAAGUAAACAAGUUGUUCAUUAUUCACAAAUUCAAAAUAAUUCAUCAAAAAAAUUAAUAUCAGAAAUUGAAUCAUUCACAUCAACAACUACCAACAACGAUAAAGAAUCAAACACAGAUAGUAAUAAUAAUAAUAAUAAUAAAAGCAAUAUACCAAAUCACGUAACUUAUGAAUUGUUUUAUACUGGUGAACAAGCCAAGUCACAACAACUUCAAAGAAUUACCGAUCUCGAAAAAAGAUUAUCUAAAUUAGAAGUUUCAACUGGAAAUAAAUCAACUGACUCUGUACCAAUUACCCAAUCCAUUUUAGAAAUUAAAGAAAAAUUAUCAUUAUUAGAUACUACAAAGAUCGAUGUUUUACAACAAAAAAUGAAGUCAUUAUCAAAAGAAAUGGAUCAAUUAAAAAAUCAAGACGAAGUAUCAACUAAAGCAUUAACCACCAAUGAAAAGAAAAUUAAUGAUAUUUUUGAAACCAUGAAUAAAUGGGAUUCAGUUUCACAACAAGUUCCAGCAAUUAUAAAUAGACUUUACACUUUAAGAUCACUCCACGAAGAAGGUAUUUCAUUUUCAAACCAUAUCAGUAAUUUAGAUAGACAACAAAAUGAUAUUACUUCACUUUUAAAAUCAAAUUCAUCAAUUAUGAAUAAAAUGGACGAUAGUUUUAAACAAAAUCUUUUAACAAUUAAAUCAAACAUUGAACAUUUAGAAAAAAGAAUUUCAGAUUUACAACAAAAACAACAACAACAACAACAACAAUAA